GACCAUGGCAUGGUGCUUCGCACGGCGACCAAUUUGACCGAGCUGUCCAUGUGGACUCUGCUUUUGCUGAAGUAACCUAAUAAUUACUCAGCAACUCCAGUCCAUCCAAGUGUUGCAGGAAAAUGGUGGGAAGAAAUCGAAUAGAAGAGCCCCAGAAGUUUGGCAUUGAGAUUGGUCGCAGAAGACAAAGACGAUCACGAUACCCACCCGACCUCUCCAAGAGCCGUGUUCUUCUGCUUGUCUUUGUCUUGCUGGUAUCAUGGUCCACAGAGGAUAAUACAAGGUAACAACAGUGUCAUUCUUUGGGGUGUGGAAGCAGACGACUCGAAUAAUCUUCGCACAAUCAAAAAAAAGAAGAAACCCGAGAUGGUACCCCAAGCUAGUAUGACCAUUCCCAUGCACUACGAAUCUGGCUCAGCUCCCAUCAUGUAUACGCAUGGAUUGGAUUGGAUCUCCCAUGCCACAACGACAAAUUCUGAUCUUGGAUACGGGAUCUCGGUACAUGGCAUUCCCCUGCGACCCCUGUCCGGAAUGCGGUCGUCAUGCAUCCACAUUUUACUUUAACGACACUCCCUCCACUAGACUACCCAUCGCGACAAUUAGCUAAUUAUCACCCCAACUGUAUCUUUGCCAAGGCCAAGAAGAAAAAUGCUGUUCCGGAUGACUCUUCUUGUACCUUUGAACAAACCUAUUUGGAAGGAUCCAGUUGGAAAGCCAAGGAAGUGGAAGAUAUGGUCUGGUUGGCAACUGCCGAUCAAGAGGAAAGCAUUGAAGAAUAUAUGCCUCACUUGGCCAUUCCCUUUACGUUUGGGUGUCAGAACCAUGUUACAGGAUUCUUUGUUCAUCAGUACAGUGAUGGCAUUCUGGGAAUGGGCAAACAAAUGGACAAAAACUCUCUUCUCCAAUCAAUGAUACAAGCCGGUGCCAUCAACCGUGCGGCCUUUGCCAUGUGCUUGUCACAAACCGGCGGUACAUUGUCUUUUGGUGGAAGCGGUCUGGCGAGACCAGAUGUCAAAGCACUCAAGAAUCCGGAACAAUAUCACUUGGGACAAAUGUACUUUUCCAAACUCACACAAGACCAUGGUCUCUACGCCUUGGAUGUGUACCAAGUCUAUAUUGGUGAUUAUUGCAUGACCUGCGAUGAUACUCCAGAUCGCCUCACCAACGAACAACAUGAACAAAUCUUAACAGUCUUUGGUUCUGGCAAGGGGACCUUGUUGGAUAGUGCUCGAGCCGCCGAACAGAUUUUUGAAAAGGUUUGGGAAGAAAAGGUGGGAUCCAGGCUCGAACCCAAACGAGAUUAUACAUAUGAAGAGUUCUUGCGCAUGCCGAUUAUCACAGUCGUCUUUAACCCGAACGCGACAAUACACGCCCAUCCAUGUUCGUACAUGGAAGGUGUUCCGAUGGACUUGAAUGCGACUAAACCCGAUGUAGUGCAACCCUGGACGGGCAAACGAAAACUGACAAUCCGCCUGUAUAUGGAAGAAAACGAAGGAGCCGUGUUGGGUGCCAAUUUCAUGUAUAAUUACGAUGUAUUGUACGAUUUGGAACGUCAACGAGUUGGCUUUGCCCGUGCCAACUGUGGCUUUGAUCGUGAGGCCCAAGCACGGCUCAACAGGGAUCGGGUGGCGAUGGCAAUGGUAAUGGCGACAGACGAUUGUUGCCGCGGAAAGUAUACGAACUGGAUUAACACACGCAUAAUCAAUAGCAUUCAGUUGCUAGCAGUCGUUGUUUAUGUUAGAGAUUGUGGGACUAGAGAUUGUGGGACUAGCUGUAGUCUACCUCGAUCAUCAUUUACCUGA